CUUAAAUCUUGGACCCCGAACAUGGCUUCUAAUUACAACCUUGCCAUCAGGUACUCUGCGGUGCUGGCCCUGCUGUUCCUUCCCACACUCACUGUAGGAGCACUGGUGCAGGAGCAACCGCUGGUGCUCAAGUACCACAACGGCCAGCUCCUGAAGGGGCGGAUCACCGUUAAUCUCGUCUGGUACGGAGCCUUCACUCCGAUCCAACGGUCCAUAAUCGUGGACUUCAUAAACUCACUUAGCUCGCCAGGGGCACCUCUCCCCUCCGUCGCCACGUGGUGGAUGACGACGGAGAAGUACAAGGGUGGAGGAUCCUCUGCUCUCGUCGUAGGGAAGCAGUUCCUACACCCGAGCUAUACCCUAGGGAAGAAUCUCAAGGGAAGGGACCUCUUAGCGUUAGCCUCUAAGUUCAACGAACUCUCCUCCAUCACGGUGGUGCUCACCGCCAAGGACGUCGCAGUCGACGGUUUCUGCAUGAGCCGCUGCGGGACCCACGGGUCGAUCGGCGGAGCCAAAGGUGGUCACCGAACCGCUUACAUCUGGGUCGGGAACUCCGAGACGCAGUGUCCCGGGCAAUGCGCGUGGCCAUUCCACCAGCCUCUUUACGGGCCGCAGACGCCGCCGUUGGUGGCGCCCAACGGCGACGUCGGCGUCGACGGGAUGAUCAUCAACCUUGCCACCUUGUUCGCGGGAACCGUCACGAACCCUUUCAACAACGGUUACUUCCAGGGACCGGCGACGGCGCCGCUGGAGGCCGUUACGGCGUGCACUGGGAUUUUCGGUAGCGGGGCGUACCCGGGUAACCCGGGUCGGGUCCUUGUUGACAGGGCAACCGGAGCGAGCUACAAUGUGCACGGCGCGAACGGGAGGAGGUACCUGGUGCCGGCGAUGUGGGACCCGCAGACUUCAGCGUGCAAGCCUAUGGUGUAAGGAAGGUUAACACGUCGCAUGAUACGGUGUACGGUUGUAGAUAUGGGUUGAUGGGAACGGAAGCAGGAGAUGAUGGAGUUGGGGAUGGGUUGAGUUGAGGGAGUGUGUAUGUAUGUAUUUUAAGUUUCUUUUGUCGUUUAGUGUGACUGUGUAAAUUCUGUUUCUAAAGACUAAAGAGGAAUGUUAUAAAUAUGGCAAACGAGGUAUAAGGGGAAAAAAAAUGUUAGCACAUCAUUAAUAUUGUAUAUUUUAUUUAUGUCAAG